ACUGCUCGCAGUGGCACCCAUGUAAAGAACUGGGGUAAGUAAAGGGUAAUUCAUAAGGCUGGAGGACUGUAUCUGCACCACCCUGCGCAGUCGGGUUGGAGCUGGCGCACAUCAACACAACUUUCUGCCGAGUCAUCGGCACAGACGCGCACCUCCGGCCCGCCACUGCGCGCUCCUCUCUCUCUCCGGGUCCGCUCAUCUCCAUCCUCAGCCCGGACACCGAUGAGAUGUCAGGCCCGGUGAAAGAUGAACCGAAAGCCAUGAGUGAUCGUCGGAAGUCCGAAACGAUCCACGUUGCCGUCAAAAGUCUCACGGAGAGCAAAGACUUGACCGUGAGAGGAGGCUGCAGCGUCAGGCAGCUGAAAUGGGGUCUUGCAGAGCGCAUAGGAGUCCCGGCAGAGCGGCUGGUCCUGAUCCACUCCGGCCGGGUCCUCAGAGAGUCAGAACUCCUGAGUCACCUUAAAGCACAAGAUGGCUCAGUCAGCCUCUGCAUGAUCCAAAGUGACCCAGCUCCAGAAAUGGCCCAGUCAGAGCUCACAGUCGUUCCCAGUCCUGAACCUGACAACUUCACACCGUCUCCCACCUCUCCCUUCUGCCUGGUGGAAGGUCUGGACAGUCUUGGCCUGACAAACAGCGGGCCAGGCUUCUUCCCCGCGCUGCAGCAGCAGAUGGAGAGCCAGCUGCUGGCUGACCCGGAGAUGAUGCGCCGUGUCCUGGGUAGCCCUUUGGUGCAGAGCACCCUCUCCACCUCCAGUCCUCAACUGACCAGGCAGCUCAUUCUGUCUAAUCCUCAAAUUCAGCAGCUCCUGCAGACAAACCCAGAGGUGGGAGAUAUACUUAACAAUGCAGAUGUCAUCACACAGGUGCUGGAACUCAUCAGGAACCCUGACUUGAUAGAAGACGAAGAAGAAGAAGAAGAAGAAGAAGAAGAAGAAGAAAACGAAGAAAACGACAAAGAGGAAGAAGAAGAAGAGGAAGAGGAAGAUGAAGAAGUGAUGAAUAAUGAAGACAGAGUACUGAACAAUUUGCCAGAGCAGGACAACCCUGAAACCACCACUGUCGAUUCUGACGGCCUUCAGAAGACAAAAAGUCAAAAAUUAUCACAGGAACAGAUAGGAGUAGCACCAAUGGUGUCUACAGCAUCUGGGACUCAGCAGCCGGCUGAAAAAGAAAGCGAGCAGACUCCACCCCUCUCCAGUCCCACCACAGAUCCUCUGAGAGAACUGACAGCCUCGCCCAGAGCUGAUUCAAACCGCCAGAGCACCAUUAGUGCAGGCAUGCAGUCACUGCUAGAGGAGAUCAUGGCCAGUCCUGGACUGAUGGAGAGCCUGAUGUCCGGGCCGUAUGUCAGCAGUCUCCUGAAGUGCCUCAGCCAGAACCCUGACCUGGCUGCACAGAUGCUGCUGAGCCAUCCUUUGUUCUCAGGAAAUCCUCAGCUGCAGCAGCAGAUGAGACAGCAGAUCCCUCUCUUCCUGCAACAGAUGCAGAGUCCAGAGCUGCUGACGGCCAUGUUGAACCCCAGAGCCAUGGAGGCUCUGCUUCAGAUCCAACAGGCCCUACAGACUCUGGCCUCAGAGGCUCCUGCGCUCAUACCUAUGGCUGGACUUGGAAACAUUGGAGCCAGUGUUGAUGCUGCCCCUGAGCUAGGAUCUGACUCUGCUCUUAACAGCCAAUCAGGAAGUGGUCCAGGGGUUGCCACGGUGACAGAGCAGCAGCAGCAGCAGCAGCAGCAGCAGUUUGUACAACAGAUGCUACAGACAUUGGCCAACAGCAAUUACGGGGUCCAUGGCGAGGAGUUCCAGGAGGAGCUAGAGCAGCUGAGCUCAAUGGGCUUCAGAGACAGACAGGCAAACCUUCAGGCCCUCAUCAGCACAGGAGGAGAUCUCACCACUGCUGUACAACAUCUGCUCAGUCUCUGACGCACACAUGUUGAUACGUGCACACAUAAAUA